AUCCUACUGGGAUGGAGGGAGAGUGAAUGCAGUAACUAACAAGCUCCCAGGUGGCUCCAGGGCUUCUGUUGUAGCUCUCACUUUGAAUAACAAGCUCUCACUUUAACAACAGGAAGACAAAGAAGUGGGAUCUCUUGGUGGAGAAAUAGCUCUAUAGAAAAGGAGUCUUCAGAGUUCAGUUGUAGGAACUAGCCUGUUCUGACCCAGCAUCUAUUCAACGUACUAAACCUGAAAAUAGGAUUACAAAACAAAUGUCAUUUGAACAGUUUCAUCUGUCAUGGAAAAACGUGAGUCAUUUGUGCAAGCCGUGUGUAAGGAGCUGAUUGAAGACUUCCUGCAAUUUGUUCAGCUUGAUAAAGAUACUUCAGACCCUUUCUGUCUAAAUGAGUUACUAGAUGAAUUAUCAAGAAAACAGAAAGAAGAAUUAUGGCAAAGGCUGAAGAGCUUAUUGACAGAAACAUUAUUAGAAAGCCCAGUGGAUGGAUGGCAGACGGCGGAAGUGCAGGGUGAAGACAGCAUGGAAGUAGAGGAUGGCCCCAAGAUGAAAAAUAGCAUAAAAAUAAUUCAUGCAAUCACAUCUGUGAUUCUUGCUUCUGUAUCUGUAAUAAGUGAAAAUUCGAACUUUGAGGCCCUCUUGGAAUGUGCUGUUAUAUUAAAUGGCAUUUUAUAUGCCUUACCUGAAUCUGAACGAAAACUCCAGAACUCCAUUCAGGAUCUGUGUGUCAGAUGGUGGGAAAAGGGUCUGCCUGCCAAGGAGGACAUGGGGAAGACUGCUUUUAUCAUGCUGCUGAGGAAGAGUCUGGAGACUAAAUCAGGUGCAGAUGUGUGUCGGAUUUGGCGCAUUCAUCAGGCUUUAUAUUGCUUUGAUUAUGAUUUGGAGGAAAGUAGAGACAUUAAAGAUAUGCUGCUUGAAUGCUUCAUAAAUGUCAAUUAUAUCAAGAAAGAAGAGGGAAGAAGAUUUCUUAGCUUUCUCUUCAGUUGGAAUGUAAACUUUAUUAAAAUGAUCCAUGGCACCAUCAAAAACCAGUUACAGGGAUUACAAAAGUCUUUGAUGGUACACAUUGCAGAAAUUUAUUUCAGAGCUUGGAAGAAGACUUCAGGGAAAAUACUGGAGACCAUUGAAAACGAUUGCAUCCAGGACUUCAUGUUCCAUGGCAUCCACCUUCCCAGGAAGUCUCCAGUGCACUCCAAAGUACGGGAGGUGUUGAGUUACUUUCACCAACAGAAAAUUCGACAGGGAGUGGAAGAGAUGCUGUAUCGAUUAUAUAAGCCUAUUCUUUGGAGAGGAUUAAAGGCCAGAAACUCUGAAGUUCGAUCAAACGCUGCAUUGUUAUUUGUUGAAGCAUUUCCUAUUAGAGAUCCAAACUUCAGUGCCAUCGAAAUGGAUAGUGAAAUUCAGAAGCAGUUUGAAGAACUGUAUAGCCUUUUAGAAGACCCUUAUCCUAUGGUCCGUUCUAUAGGCAUUCUUGGUGUUUGUAAAAUAACUUGCAAAUACUGGGAGAUGAUGCCCCCUGCCAUUCUUAUUGACCUCUUGAAGAAAGUAAUCGGGGAGUUGGCAUUUGAUACAAGCUCAGCUGAUGUUCGUUGUUCUGUCUUUAAGUGUCUGCCCAUCAUUUUGGAUAAUAAAAUGAGCCACCCCUUAUUAGAACAACUAUUGCCAGGGCUCAGAUACAGUCUCCAUGAUAAUUCGGAGAAAGUAAGAGUGGCUUUUGUGGAUUUGCUGCUGAAAAUCAAAGCUGCGAGAGCUGCAAAGUUUUGGAAAAUAUGCCCCAUGGAGGACAUUCUAGUUCGUCUGGAAAUGGAUUCUCGACCAGUGUGUCGGCGCUUGGUGAACCUCAUCUUCACCUCUUUCCUGCCUGUGAACCAGCCAGAGGAAGUCUGGUGUGAGCGCUGUGUCACACUGGUCCAGAUGAACCACGCAGCUGCCCGGAAGUUCUACCAGUAUGCCUGUGAAUACACUGCCUGCACCAACAUAGCAAAGCUGAUCCAUGUUAUUCGCCAAUGCUUGAAUGCCUGCAUCCAGAGAGCUGUUCAUGAGCACCAAGAAGCCCAGGAGGAGCAAGAGAAGGAGAACGAGACUGUACUGGACAAAAUGCUGUCAGUGGAUGAUGUUGCCUCUAUGGCAGGAUUGCUAGAAGUCAUUGUGAUUCUCUGGAAGAGCAUCUAUAGAAGUCUGGAAAACAACAAGGAAGCCAAAGUCUUCACCAUUAACAAGUUUGCAUCUGUGCUUCCAGAGUACCUGAAGGUAUUCAAGGAUGAACGCUGCAAGAUCCCUUUGUUUAUACUGAUGUCCUUCAUGCCAGCGUCUGCCGUCCCUCUCUUCAGCUGUGGUGUGAUUUCGGUCUUGAGAAACCAGGAGGAGGGUGUUGCUGGCAGGAGCUACUGUACCUUGUUGGAUUGUCUUUGCUCCUGGGGCCAGGUGGGGCAUAUCCUGGAGCUCAUGGAUGACUGGUUGCCCGAGGAACGGCCCCGAGCCAAGAGUAAUAUGGCAUCUAAGCGUAAAGUGCAAAUCCAUGACACACGUCCAGUAAAACCUGACUUAGCACUGGUUUACAUGGAAUAUUUGUUGACCCAUCCAAAGAAUCGAGAAUGCCUGCUCUCUGCACCCCGGAAGAAACUUAACCAUCUUUUGAAAGCACUUGAGACGUCAAAGGCAGACCUGGAAUCACUUCUGCAGUCUCCAGGUGAGAAGUCCCCUAACUUCAGCCAGGUGUCUGCACUGCGAGCCUUCAGUCUGCACUGCCGAUUGGGCAUCCAUAUUCAGCAUAAGUUCUGCUCAGAAGGGGAGACUCAUCUGUCCAUCUUGGAAGACACUGGGUUUUGGUUAGAAAGCAAAGUUUUACCUCUUAUUCGAGAUCAAGGAGAAGAACAUCUGAAGCUCCAAAGGGAUGCCUACCAGCAGAUUAUCCAGACCUACUUGACUGUAUGUAAAGAUGUUGUCAUGGUUGGCCUUGGAAAUUCGAAGUUUCAAACACAACUUUUACAGCAGAGUCUUGGAGUCAUGCAAGCAGUGAAGGGAUUUUUUUAUGUUUCGUUACUUCUUGGCAUUUUGAAAGAAGUAACUGGGAGUUCCUUGAUUCAGAAAACAGAUUCAGAUGAAGAAGUUACAGCACUGUUUGACAAGGUCCAGGAAGUGUUUCAGAAAAUGCUGGAAUAUAUAGCACGGAGCUUCAGGACACAGCCGGAAGAAGGACUGCGGCUCCUCUAUUCUGUUCAGACCCCUCUUCAUGAAUUUAUAACCACUGUCCAGUCUUGGCAUGAGGACACUCCUGUCCAUCGGGGGAUCCUUUCUACUCUGAUUGCUGCUCCUGUGGUGGAGAUAAGUCACCAGCUGCGGAAGGUUUCUGAUGUGAAAGAGUUGACCGUCCCACAGUGUCUUUCUGACCUUCCGCCAUUUUCAAGGUGUCUGGUAGGAAUAAUAAUAAAGUCACCAAACGUGGUCAGGUCAUUUUUGGAUGAGCUGAAGGCAUGUGUGAGGUCUGGCGAUAUUGAAGGCAUUGUGUGUCUCACAGCUGUUCUUCAUAUUAUUUUGGUUAUUAACACAGGCAAACAUGGGAAUUCAAAGGUGAAGGAGGCUGCAUACACUGUGUACAGGAAGCUGAAGUCAUUCAUGGAGAUUACUCUGGAAGAGGAUAGCAUGGAAAGAUUCCUGUAUGAAUCAUCAAUGCGAACUUUGAGAGAACUUCUGAACUCAUGAGGAGGUCACCAUCUUUGGACAUGUACAAAUGGGGAAGGACUCACAAAAAUGAAAUUUGUGUCCAUUUUCCUGUG